AUGGCAAAGUUUACGAGGGAGAUAUCAGCCGUGGAGGUGAGAGCCACAGAGGAAAAUCGAAUUCGAUACUCUACAAAGCACAUUAAACAAUUGCCACCUGGCACAAUUACUGAAUUUGAUUGGAAGGAUUAUUGUCCGUCGGGUUUCAGACUUAUACAAGAACUUGAAGAUAUUGAUCAUGAUGAUUACAUGCAUUCCAUUUGCAAUGAUGAGACUCUAAAGAAGCUUUCUUGUGGGAAAAUUGGGAAUGUCUUCCACAUUUCCACUGAUGACCGUUUUCUCAUCAAGAUUCUUCGAAAAUCCGAGAUUAAGGUUAUACUAGAUAUGCUUCCCGGCUAUUACCGACAUCUUCAUAAUCACAGAUCAUCGCUAUGUUCAAGAAUUUAUGGUGCUCAUGUUGUGAAGCCUAUUGGAGGUGUUAAGACGUAUUUUGCUGUGAUGUCAAACAUGCUACAUUCGACGGUCUUUAUGAACAAACUCUAUGACCUAAAAGGCUCCCCGAAAGGCCGGACUAACAAGAAAAUUGAAGUGAGAAAUAAUACUGUAUUGAAAGAUGUAGAUCUCGAUUUCUGUUUCUACGUUGAUCCACUGGCUAGACAACGCAUCAUCAAGCAAACAAAGCUAGAUUGUGAGCUCUUGGAAGAGGAAGGUAUAAUGGAUUACAGCUUAUUGAUUGGUUUACAAGUAAAAGAGUCAUAUCAAGAUUCACUUGAUGGAGUAAAUCCGGUUUACGGUAGCUACACACCUCCAUGCUCAUUGAAAAGUGAUAGCGCAAAGUCGAUGAGGACAGCUCUAAAUUCUCCAGAUAGAUCUUGUGAAACAAUGUACUCAUGCUCUCCCAACAGAGAUUCAGUGGAAAGCAGCGAAAACUCAAUGACAAGCGAUAGCACAAGCUCAGAAACAAAUCUGAUAAAUAGAAACAGCAAAUUAGCAACACUCAGUGACCUCUUUGUCAACAGCACCAAUUUUGGUAUGAAGAUUCCGGCGAGAGCACGGCGAGUGAAGAGAGCGGCGGCAGAAGAGGAGGAAUGGUACGAUGUGGUUUUGUAUUUAGGGAUCGUAGACACAUUUCAAGACUAUGGUAUGAAGAAACGCAUAGAACAUUGCUACAAAACCAUCCAACAUAACUCAAACUCAAUCUCGACCGUCCAUCCUAAGAUCUACUCUUCUCGAUUUCAAGACUUUGUCUCCAGCAUUUUCUUACCUCGCGACGACGACGACGACGAUCUCUCUCUCUAA